AUGAUGAAUGAUAAUUUAAAUGAAAAUUUCAGUAUAUCCAAAAAAUAUGAAGAUGAUUACAAAGCACAGUUAACUGAAGAAAACGAAGAAAACGCAAAAUAUAAAGAAGAUAAUGCAUACCAAACAAAUAUUUUUCAAAAUAGUAUUCAUCCAGAAAUAAAAAAUAAUAAAUUUCCUUUGGACUAUUAUAAUUCCGAAGGAUAUAAAAAUGAGGCAGACUAUAUGGAGAAAAAUAAGUAUGAGAGUUGUAUUGACAACAAAGGCAAUUCCAUGAAUAAGCCAAAUAUGGAAACUUUUGGUAACAUAAAUGAUCACGAAAAAAUUGAGGAAAAUAAAAUUAAAAAUGGAGACAGAAGCAUAAGUGAAAGUAUUAAUUAUAAUAAACAAAAUACAGAGAUGAAUUUAAUAAAUAUAAAAGAAAAUAAAAAUACCGAAGAAAAAACAAAUUUUGGUGAUAAUAAAAAUUUUAAUUUAUUAAAAAAAAAAUUAACACACGAUGAAGACGACUUGAUUGAUGACUUAUUAAUAUAUAAUAAUAAUGGUGAGAGAAAAAAUACGAGUUUUAGAAAAAAAAAAAAAAAAAAAGAAAAUUUAAAUGAAAAUUAUAUAUCAAGUAAAAUAAACAGCGAAUUAAGUAUACUAGAUUUAAGAAAAAAAAAUACUGAAAUUAAAACAAAAUUUGAAAAAUUAUCUAUGAAUUCUCAAAAAAAACAAAGCGAUUUAAAUAUUCGUAAGAUACAAAAUAAAACAAGUUUUCAUAAUAAUACCACUAACCAUAUUGUAAAUUUAUUACAAAAGAAAAAUUCUGAAGAAGAGAUAAUGAUACAAAGAAUUGUAAUACAGCAAAGUGACACUGAUGACAUAGUUCAAAAAAAAGUGCAUACCAUUGAAAAUGAUAUUGAAGAAGCAGAAAAAAAAAAUAUAAACACUUCAACAAAAAAUACGGAUAUUCAUAAAAAUACAAGCUUUUAUCAUUCCGAAAAUAGUAAAGAUAUUAUUGUGGAAUUAGAGCAUCAUGAGGAGAAUAAUUCUAGUGUUAACAAUUUGCAAAAACAGUAUUCCGUCAAUUGUCUUACUACCUUUAAAGAAUUGGAAAUAAGUGAAAAAAAUAAGAACGAGAUGGAUUGCAAAAUAAAUGAAUUAAAUUGUUACACUGAGGAAAAUUUUAAUGAAACAAAUGCAUUAAAUGAUAAUAUCGUAAUACAAAAUUAUAGCACACAAGUAAAUGAGGAAAUAUUUACAACAGGUAUAAAAGAUGAACAGAUUAAGGAUGAUACUCUUAUUAAUAAUAAAAUUUUGAAUGAAAAAAAUUCAAAAAAUAAUAAUUCUAAAAUGUCAGAAGAUUUAAUGAAUAUAAAAAUAUAUGAUGACUCUGAAAUAGAUGAAACAAAAGAAAAUGAGUUAGAGUCUUUUUGGCUAAAUAAAGAAAUGUCAACUAGUUUUAGCACUUUAAAAACAAAUAUAAAUGAUAAAUUAUUAAAUGUAAAUAAUCAAAAUAAAAUAAUGUGGGCUCGGGAAGAUUAUAAAGAUGGUCUUUUCAUAUUAGACAGAAAUAAUCCAUUGAAUAUGAAAAAAUCUGAAAGUGAUAAUAUAACAAAUCGCGAAAAAAUUAAAAACAAUAUAUCAAAAUUAUUUAAAAAGAGUAUGACAUUAAAUAUUCCAAAUCAUAAUAGUAAUGGAAAAGAAGUAUCAUCUGUUGUUCCUACCUUGAAUUAUGAUAAUACACCCCAAAGAGCAAAAUCAUUUAAAGACAUAAGCUUUUAUGAAAACCUUGAAGGAGAAAGUUCAUGCGAUUCUUGUACUACGCAAAGCACUGAUGAUGAAAAUGAAAAGAUAGAUAUUAAAAAAAAAAUAAAAAUUAUAAAAAAAAAACUAUUACAUAAUAAUAAUAAUAUUACGAAUAUCGAAAAUGUUAAACUAGAAAACUUUGAUAUAUAUAAUAUUGAUUUUAAAAAAAUUGGUCUAAAUACAAGUAAUUUAAAUACAGAGGAAAAAUAUAUUUUAAUGUUAUACAUUUCGGAACAACAAAUGAAGUUAGCUUUACAAGAAACAAAAGAAUACCCCCACGACGACAAAAAUAAUCAAGCAGUAGACAUUAACAAAGGUAUUAAAAAUGUUAGUGAAAAUAAUAAUGGCCAAUACAAUUUAAUCGAAAAUGAUAGCAAAGUAACCGAUUUAGAGAAUAUCCAUUGGAAAGCGAAUUAUCCAGGAAAAAUUGAAAAAAAUAUAAAAGCACCUGAUUCCUUAAAUACAGACAAUUUCAAGUUGAAUAUGAUUAGGUUAAAAAAUAAUUCUAUUUCAUUUUAUGAUCAAAAAAUGUAUAAUAAAAUAAAUGAAAACAAAAAUAAUAAGUAUAAUGUUUCUGAUUUUAAUACAUCUUAUUAUUCAUACAAUUAUUCACGGUUUAAAUUAAACGGUGAAGAUAAAAUAUAUUCUAUUGCAAAAAAUCAGAGUGUUGCUAAUUCAUAUAUAGAAAAUGAAUUAUUAAAAUUACAUGAUCCCAAUUAUACGAAACAACCUCAUUUUAGUUUCUUUCAAAAGUUGUAUAUUGAAUUUUUGACAAAUGAACAUAACAUAAAGGAAAAGGAGGAUGCGAUAAUUUUGGGUGACAACACAAAUUAUCGAACAAAUUAUGAUAUAUAUGAUCAUUCAUUUAUGAAUAAUUUAUUAAAAAGUUUUGUGGAAAUAUUUAUUCAGGAUGAGGGUAUAGAUGAACUUCUAUCGAUUUACGAGGAUACUAUAUGGGAUCAAGAGAAAAGAAUUGAAGAAGCGAAAAUUGACACAUGUGCAGAAUACAUUUGCAAAAUGUUUUUUGAAAACUCCUUAAACAAAAAUAUGGCAAAAAGCAAAGAUUAUAAUAAUGAGCAGAAUAUUUUUUCAACACAAUUUUACACAUUGCUCAAAUAUAUUGCUAAUAAAAUCGUAACAAAUGGAAAUGUAAUAAAUAAAGUUAAAGAAAUCCAAAUUUUAAAUCAAAUACUCAACGAGGAAGUAAAAAUUUAUAGUAUUAAUGUUGCAUGUAUGGAUGAUAUGUUUUUAGAUGUAGAACCACAUUUUAUUGAUGAAUAUGAUAAAGUUAUAAUAGGAAAAAAUAUUGGAUUUUUUAAUAUGAAUGUAAUAAAUAGUGAAUAUAGUUAUAAUUAUUAUAUUAAUGAAAAUGAUAUUAAUAAAUUAAAGGAUGAUCAAAGUAAUAGCUCAGUUUGGAAUUAUGUGUAUGGAUAUUUCAAUGACAUAUAUAAUUGGUAUAACGAAAAGCAUGAACAAACAUCUAAUCAAACGAAAAAUAAAGAUUAUUCAGACAUAAAAGAUAACAUUAAUGUGAAAGAUAGAGAUGUUAGUAAUUCUUCAAAGACCCUUUCAAGGAAUUACAUAAAAAAUGUUAAUAAAUUACAUAGUUCGCGUAACAAUAACACAAUUUUUAAAAAUGAAAAAUUGGAUGACCAAGACAAUAGACAUAAUACUUUUGAAAAAAAAAUAAAUGGAGAAUUUGAUAUCAAUUUAAAAAGUGAAGAAUCACAAUUAUCUCCUAAUAGUGAGUACAUAUAUGAUAAAAGUAAUGAUUCAUCCCAAAAUGAAAAAAACAAUAAAGGAGAAGAAAAAGAUUUCCCCCAAAUUAUAGAAAUAGAAUCAAGUAAUAAUCUGAUCGAAAAAAAAACGAGCGCACAAAAUAAAAAUGAAGAACAAGAUAUGUUAAGCAAUUCUACAAACAUAGACGAAUACUUAAUGGAUAGUAAUAUAUCAAGUAUAAAUAACUAUGUUUCAGAAAAUUCAAAUAAAAUAAAAAUACAAUCUACUAGCAAUCUGAGCAAUACUAAUAGUUUUAAUAUUAAUUCUGAUGAAAAAACAAUGAAUGAACAAACCAAAAUAGAUAAUAAUAGUAAUAAUAAUAAUUAUUACAAUGAUGAUAUUCUUAAUAAAUACCCUAACGAUUCUGUAGAAAUAGAGAAUCACAAUUUUAUCAAAGUAGAAGAAAAAAAUUAUCCUCGCAAGUUUAAUACCAAUUUUAAACAAACUAAUUAUGACGAUUUAAAAAAAGAGAAUCAAUUUAUUAAAAUGUCUAAUAAAUUCGAAAAAAAUCAAACCAGCUUAGUAACAUUUCAAUAUAAAGGAACAUUACCAAAAGGAAAUAUAAACAAAUUAUUGUUAGAUAAAAACAGUAAUAUAAAAGGAAGCUAUUUUUGCAUAUCAAAUGACAAAUUAAUUGUUACUCAUUCUAAAAAUGAUAAAAUUGAAAAAUUUUUAGAUUCUCAUUUUGUAAUAGAAAAAUGUAUGAAAUAUAAUAAAGAAAUAAAUCAUUUAUAUGUUCAUAUAUUUAAUUUAAAAAAUAAAAAAUAUCUAGCCGUAGAUUUAGAAAGUAAUAUUAUAGUAUUUACUAAUAAAUAUGAUGAUAAAUUUUAUUAUGAUCAAAAUAAUGUAAGGCAUCGAAUAUCAACUUAUUUCCAUUUGCAAUCUAUAGCCGAUAUAAUGAAAAAAAUGAUAACCGAUGAAAUAAUUCAUAUUAUUUCUAAAAUCGUGUUAGGCAGCUAUUAA